AUUCUUCUAAUUCUCAUGCCUCUCUCUGAAAGAAAACAGGAAGCAGGUUUCAGUAGUUCUACAGAAGUGAAAGAAAUCUCAGAGCUGCUGUUCAACACACCGGUUCAGAGGAAAUAUAAAUAUUGUUUGAGCUGUGAGUCGGUGAAGGACAAUGGCAUCUGUUAAAGAGCUGCUUGUGGACUCACUGAAGGAGCUGGUAGAAUUUGAACUGAAGGAGUUUCAUUGGCGCUUAAUGAAUGCACAUCAUAAGUGUAUAUCAAAAUCUGAAAUGGAAAAGGUAGAUAUAUUUGACACAGUGGAAAAGAUGGUGGCAUGCUUUGGACCAGAAGGAGGUGUAAAGAUCAUGCUGGACAUCCUGAGAAAGAUGCAGCAUAAUGAUUUGGCUGAUCAGCUGGAGAAUAAACACAAGCAAGCUCAGACUAAGGGCAAUAUAAAUACAUAUUUCCCUAUUGGAGAACUGCAAAACUUCUUGAAAACUCACAAAAACAAUAUGAUGAAGAUAGCAAAAUAUAUUUUUGAGGGCAACAAAGAAAACGACACAGAUCUCAAGAGUGUUUACACAGAGCUGUUUAUCACUGAGGGAGAUAUGGAAGGUGUCAAUACUGAACAUGAGAUUCUGAAGAUUAAUGCUUUCAGGAACAAAAAAACACAGGACAAACCAAUAAAAUGCAAUGAUAUAUUUACUGAACUGAGGAAAAACAAUGAGGAGAAGAUUGUGUUGACCAAGGGAGUUGCUGGCAUCGGAAAAACUGUCUCUGUGCACAAAUUCAUCCUGGACUGGGCAGAAGGAAACACCAAUCAGGAUAUAGAGUGUGUGUUCCUGCUUCCAUUCAGAGAGAUCAAUGUGAUUAAAGACAGAGAGGUCAGUCUCCAUGAGUUUCUGCUGAAAUUUUAUCCUGAACUUAAGGACCUAGAGAAAUCAAAUUUAUAUAAUGAAUGUAAGCUAGCAUUUAUAUUUGAUGGACUUGAUGAGAGUCGCCUGCCAUUGAACUUUAAAAGUGACACGCUGGACACUGUUGAGGAAAGAGCAUCUGUAGAUGUGCUGUUUACAAGUCUGGUCAAAGGUAAGCCCCUUCAGUCAGCUCUUGUGUGGGUAACCUCACGACCAGCAGCAGCCAAUCAGAUCCCUCCUCGGUUUGUGGGUUUGUUCACAGAGGUGAGAGGAUUCACUGAUGAACAGAAGGAGGAGUACUUCAGAAAAAGAAUCACAGAUGAAACACAGGCCUCCAGAAUCAUCUCACACAUUAAGACAUCUCGUAGUCUCUAUAUCAUGUGCCACAUUCCUGUGUUCUGCUGGAUCACAGCCACAGUACUUCAGGAUAUUCUUAUCAAGAACGAUACAGAGAUCAUAAGGACAACACUUACUGAAAUGUACAUUCACUUCCUGCGGAUACAGAUGAACAUUAAGAGUAAGAAGUAUGAUGAACAAGAAGAAAGUGAAUGUACAGAGCACUUAAAAUUAAAUAGAAAGAUGAUUUUGAAGUUAGCUAAGUUAGCAUUUGAACAUCUGAAGAAGGAAAACAUUGUGUUCUAUGAGAAAGAUCUGAAAGAAUGUGGUAUUCAUGUGAGUAAAGACACAGAGUUCACAGGAAUGGUCGCUGAGAUCUUUAGAAAGGAAGAUGGACUUUAUAAGACAAAGUACUUCAGCUUUGUGCAUCUGAGUGUUCAAGAGUUCCUCGCAGCAGUACAUGUGUUCAUCUGCUACCUGAACAAGAACAUGCAAGAGCUUCAGUUUUUUUUUGAUGAUUCACAAACUACAGCCAGACAAAAGCUUCAGUUCUUCUUUAGAAAUGUCAAAUUUCAUGACUUAAUAAAGAGAGCCACUGAUAAAGCUAUAAAUAGUAAGGGAGGAAAUCUGGACCUGUUCCUGCGGUUUCUGAUGGGAAUUUCACUGGAAUCCAGUCAGAACAUGCUCAAAGGCCUGAUCACACACACUAAAGACACCAAUGUGAGCAUCAGACAAACAACUGAAUUCAUUAAAGAAUUACAAAAACAGGACAUCUCAGAUGAAACGUCAGUCAACCUUUUCUACUGCUUACUUGAGCUGAAAGAUAAUUCAUUAUAUGAGGAAAUCCAGAGUUACCUCAGUUCAGAUGCACAUCCAGAAAGAGACCUCUCAUCUUCAAUGUGCACAGUGAUGACCUACAUACUGCUGAUGUCAGAGAAGGUGCUGGAUGAGUUCAGUCCAAAGAGGUUCACGUCACCUUCAAACUACAAGAGACUCAUUCCAGCUGUGAGAUGCUGCAGAAAAGCCCUUUUUGACGGCUGUGCUCUUGAUGAAACAUGCUGUGAAACUGUGUCUUCUGCUCUAAAAUCAUCAAACUCCCAUCUGAUUGAGCUGGACCUGAGUAGCAAUCAACUGCAGGAUUCAGGAGUGAAGCUGCUUUCUGAUGGACUGAAGAGUUCACACUGUCAACUGAACAUACUGAGGCUAUGUGGAUGUAAUCUCACUGCUCAAUCCUGUGAGAGUUUGUCUUUAGCUCUACAAUCCUCAAAUUCCCAUCUAAAUGUGCUGGACCUGAGUAACAAUGACCUGCAGGAUUCAGGAGUGAAGCUGCUUUCUGAAGGAUUGAAGAGUGCAUACUCUAAGCUGAAGAUAUUGAGAAUUUCCAUCUGUAACCUCACUGCUCAGUCUUGUGAGAGUUUGUCAUCAGUUCUACAAUCCUCAAAUUCCCAUUUAACUGAGCUGGACCUGAGUAACAAUGACCUGCAGGAUUCAGGAGUGAAGUUUAUUUCUGAUGGACUGAAGAGUCUAAACUGUCAGCUGGAGAGACUUAGGUUGUCUGGCUGUAUGGUGACAGAGGAGGGCUGUUGUUAUGUGCCUUCAGCUCUGACUUCAAACCCCUCAUGCUUGAGAGAGCUGGAUCUAAGCUAUAAUCACCCUGGAGAUUCAGGAGUCAACCUGCUCUCUGAAAAACUGGAGGAUCCAAACUGCUCACUGGAUAAAUUCAAUGUGGAUCAUGGAGGAGAAUCCAGGAUUACAACAGGACUACAGAAAUAUGCAUGUUUUCUCACACUGGAUCCAAACACAGCAAACACUCAUCUCAUUCUGUCUGAGGAGAACAGAAAGGUGACAGGUGUGGAUGAGUCUCAGUCGUAUCCUGAUCAUCCAGACAGAUUUGGUGAUGUGUGUCAGGUGUUGUGUAGAGAGAGUGUGUGUGGACGCUGUUACUGGGAGAUUGAGUGGAGUGGAGAUUAUGGUGUGUUUAUAUCAGUGUCAUAUAAGAGCAUCAACAGGAAGGGACGGGGUGAGGAGUGUGUGUUUGGAUUUAAUGAUAAGUCCUGGAGUUUGUUCUGCUCUCCUGACAGUUUCUCAUUUAGACACAAUAACAAACAUACUGUUCUCCCUGUGAACUCCAUCAUCAGUAGAAUAGGUGUGUAUGUGGAUCACGGUGCAGGAACUCUUUCCUUCUACAGCGUCUCUGACACAUUGAACCUCAUCCACACAGUCCAGACCACAUUCACUCAGCCGCUCUAUCCUGGUUUUGAUGUUCAUUAUUGUGGAUCAUCAGUGAAACUGUGUUAAUGAAUCAGAUUAGACUGACGACUAAUAAUAAUAGGGGAGGUGUUGGCACAGUGGAUAAGACACACCACCUUUGGUGUAAGAGACCCGGGUUCGAAUCCACUGUGAGACACCAGUGUGUCCCUGAGCAAGACACUUAACCCCUAGUUGCUCCAGAAGUGUGCAAUUUCUGACAUAUAUAGCAAUUGUAAGUCUCUUUGGAUAAAAGCGUCAGCUAAAUGAAUAAUUGUAAAUGUAAUACUGUAUGAGGUUCCAUUUGUGCCAAAAUUAUGUCGCCAUGUUGUCUGUCUAUGCUAUGUGUCGUCUCAACUUACUCCUGUCAUCUGUCCUUGUCUUUUGGCUGUGUCGUCUUGCGUGUCAAUGCUGCUUGUGUCAUGACUAUGCGUCGUUUCCCUCUGUCGUUACUAUGCGUCGUCUUCCAUGUCUAUGCUAUGUGUCGUUUCCCUCGGUCAUUACUAUGUGUACGGUGUACAUUUUAGGACAUCCUCAGACCUCAGUCCAAAUGAAAAGGCGUCAUGCCUCAGACUGAAAGGCUUCAGUCAUAGAACAAAACGGCAUCGAGCCUCGGACUGAAAAGCUUCAGGUCUCAGGAAAAAAUGACGUCAGGUGUCAGGUCUCAUAGAAUUAGGCAUCAGACGAAAUUAACUCAGGUGGAGUAUCGCGUUGCCCCGCCCCAUGUGACGUCACACGUAAGCUGUUCAGAGGAAGUGGUGUAUAAUGGUUUAUUGAUUACAAAAGGAGGUAAGCAGUGUCUGAUAUAUUAUAUUUUAACAGUUUUUUUCAAAUGUUACACUUAUUAAGUUAUUCAGGGACGACAACAUGCAUUUCGAGAGUCAUGUAUGCAUGUUUAAAAAGUUAGUUAACCAUAUUGCAAUCAGCAAGCUUAUAUUUUGGCAAAGUAGUAAAAUUACCGUCCGAGGAUGUCCUAAAAUGUACACCGUACUCAUAGUAAUGACAGAGGGAAACGACGCGUAGCAACGACAUGGAAGACGACACAUAGUAAUGACAGAGGGAAACAAUGCAUAGUCAUGACACAAGCAGCAUUGACACGCAAGACGACACAGUCAAACGGCAAGGACAGAUGACAGGAGUAAGUUGAGACGACACAUAGCAUAGACAGACAACAUGUCAACAUAAUUUUGGCACAAAUGGAACCUCAUAAUACUGCAGCUGAACUUCUGUCACUGAAAUAACUUAAAUGUGAGAAUAAAUGUCAGAAUAAAUGUGCUUAAAAUCCUCAUACAGUAUAGACAGUAGGUGCGUUUACAUGGACACUUUUUGCUUCUAUCGGAUUGAAUUCAUUCUGAUUGACUAAUCAAAACGAAGUGUUUACAUGAAUGCUGAAUAUAGUGAUCGGGUUGAUGUGUGCGUUUACUGUCACAAGCUUCUGAUCGGAUUUACUCUUUUGACAUGCACACACUGCGUGAAUAUUCAGUUUCCCGCUGCUGUCGCAUUCUGUUUUAAAAAGCACACGUCAUAUUUAUCUACUUCGGAUCCUAAUUAGGCGAUGACCAGCACAUGAACUGUUGUGCUGCUUAACGUUACUUAAAAAAAAAAAAGGUUAAAAA